UUCCGGGAAGAUGGCGGCGCAUAGAACGGGCGACGCACGUGUUCGCGCGGAGAGGGCCCCGCGGUGACGGUAAAUGGCUACUGCGCCCCGAACGGAGUCAGUCGGAGCCUGGGCUCAGGAGUGAAGGGAUGAUAAUGGCCUCUUCUCUGGUGAGGGCCUGAGGAUAGUGACUCUUCUCUCACCAUGAGUGCCACCCCAGAGAUCAAGAGUCGUGGGAUGAAGUUUGCUGAGGAACAGCUGCUAAAGCAUGGAUGGACGCAAGGUCAUCCCUGGGGGGCCCCUUCCACGUCCCCCCAACUCCCUGCCCACCUUGUGGCCAGGCAAAGGCUUGGGCCGGAAUGAGAAUGGCAUCACCCAGGCCCUAAGGGUGACACUGAAGCAGGACACUCAUGGGGUGGGACAUGACCCUGCCAAGGAGUUCACGGACCACUGGUGGGAUGACCUUUUCAACAGGACUGCAGCCAGCUUGGUUGUGGAGGCUGGGCAGGAUGGAGUACGGAUAAAGCGUCUUUCAAAGGAAACAGGCCGUCAUAAUCAUCCCAAGCCCAACUUGCUGUAUCAGAAGUUUGUGAAGACAGCCACACUGACUUCAGGUGGGGAGAAGCCAGACAAGGACUUGGAGAGCCACAGUGAUGAUGACAACCAGGAGCCCAAGCCUCCAAAGAUCCUGACUGAUGAGAUGCUGCUCCAAGCCUGUGAGGGGCGCACAGCCCACAGGGCUGCUCGUCAUGGAAUCACGAUGAAGGCUAAGCUUGCUCGGUUGGAGGCCCAGGAACAGGCCUUCCUGGCUCGUCUUAAAAGCCAGGACCCUGGGACCCCUCAACUGCAGUCUGAGAGUAAGCCUCUCAAAAAGAAGAAAAAGAAAAGGAAGCAGAAAGAGGAGAAAGCGGUCACAGCAACCACCAGAAGUGCAGAAGAGGAGUGCCCAGAAGAGGCUGGCCAGGCCAGAAGCAGGAAGAAGAAAAGACGGCAACAAGAAGCCCAAGAAGAAGCUGGGAUAGAUGAGAGGGAGGGAGCAACCGUUGGUAAUGUGGAUGCAGAGGUGGCAGAAAGGAGCGGGCCUGCAGAGUGGGAGAGCAGAGAGCAAGCUGAUGAGCCCUGCAGGAAAAGAAAGAGGAAGGGCUCGGGGAUCUCAGAUGGAGGGGCAGGCAGCCAGGAGGCCACAGCCAGCACAGGGACAGGGCAGGCAGAGAGGUGGUGGCAGCCGGAGGAGGGGGACUGGAACAGAGAGGAAGAUGAUGAAGGGGCUGCUGUGGGGGCCAGCAAAGCAGCACAUAAAGCACACCAAGAUGGGAAAAGCAGGAAAAUCAAGAAGAAAAGCCUGCAGCCCCAGGAGAAAGAGGAGGAAGUCAGGAAUGAAGGACAUGAGGAGGGCAGCAGGACUAGGGAGGCAGUGAGCAUAGUGCACACCAGCUCCAGCCACAGAGGUGAGAGGAGGUGGCAGGAAAGAGCUGGAGUCAGCCCUGACCAAAGACUGAGAAAGAAGAAACAGAAAAAGAAAACCUGAAGGUCAGGUCAAGGUGGGGCUCUUCGGAUUCCUUUUCAGGAGCUAAAGCCUCAGACCUGAAUCGACACAGGUCCCCUGCACCCUUGCAGUGAAGAGACCCUCCCAAGGAGGACGCUGAACUCUGGAACUCCAGCUGCUCAAAGUUGGGUGUGGACAUGGUAUUGUCUGCGGUUUCUAACCCUGACAUGGAAAACUCAGGAGCCUGGCAGUGGUAGGAUGCAGUGCUCUGGGGCUGUGGGGAUGAGCAGGCAGACGCCCUCUGGAGGGACAUCCUUGCUUAAGACAGCUGCAAACAGGGAUCCCUGAGUGGCGCAGCGGUUUGGCGCUUGCCUUUGGCCCAGGGCGCGAUCCUGGAGACCCGGGAUCGAAUCCCAUAUCGGGUUCCCGGUGCAUGGAGCCUGCUUCUCCCUCUGCCUGUGUCUCUGCCUCUCUCUCUCUCUCUGUGACUACCAUAAAUAAAUAAAUUUUAAAAAAAUUUAAAAAAAAAAAAGACAGCUGCAAACACAGCAAGUGUGAGAGAGAAUCCGGCCCACAGGCUGCCAGCCCCAGCACUGUAGUACACAAUUCAGCAUCAGCUCGGGUUCCCAGCCUGGGAACAUCCUGAAUACAACAAAUUAGUUUCCUCGAAUGCCUCCAGAGAAAUUACUUAUUAACCUUCCAUAGCAUCUGAAAGCCUAUUUUCAUUGCCCCC